AUGAGAUCUUUGCGUCUCCGAAUAUUUCCGCCUAGCCAGAGCUUUAAGCGAUACAAGUCGCAUUAUCUUAGUGACAUAUGGCUUAAAGAACCAUUCAAUAUUGGAUAUCCAAGUAGAGGGCCAUCGGUGCAGCGAGAUCGCGAUGUCUUACACCAGACGCUCUUUUCAGAGCAACCUGAUAAUGAACAAGAAAACUCUAAAAGGGCCUCGGAAAAGAGCUCAAUUGGUUCAGACGCUAGAUAUAGUAUAGCUUCGCCUUACUAUCCAAAACCCGAAGCUAUAGACGGGAUAGAGCUACUUGGACUUAUGACAGGAGUAGGAACUAAAGCUUAUUUAAAGGAAUUAUGGUCAAAGUUGACAGAUUCUGAAAGAAAAUUGCUCGAAGGAGACAUGGAACAAAAAAGCCUUAUCCUUAAAGAACGAUUAAGAAUAUGGAAGGGAUAUGAGGUAGUAAAUUAUCUCAAAAGAUACAGUGAUCAGUAUAGAUGGAAUCCUUAUCAGCUUCUGUCGUUAUAUCCUUGGGAAAUAAUCAAAGACAAGUUGAGAAGUAGGCGAAAGAUAUAUGAUUUUGAGUUGGAUUACUAUGACGUUAUUAUCAAAGAAGCGUUCUAUAGAAAUUCAUCAAGAAAGGCUACUCAUAUUUUCUAUACCGAUUUGAAGCACGAUAAGCCAAUGAAAUACAGCUACCAGAAGGUUCAUUCUUUGUAUGAAAUGUUGGGUAACGAUAAGAAAGAUUUCUAUGCUGACAAGGAACGAAGAAGGAAGGUACAUUCUGAAAGAACGAAGAUCUCUCCAAAACCGGAAUUUUUACGAUAUUUAUCUACCUUUCAGACAAAUGAACCUAUUCAACUAGAUAAAUGGACCUUAAAAGCUAUCCAGUCAUGGGACUCAUUACCACCAUUUGAAAAGUCGCAAUUCUCAUAUGCUUCUUCUCGGCAAAGCAAAGAAGACAAUUUAGAUUGGAAAGUAGGUAUAGUGAUGGAUUAUAUUUAUUAUACGGCUGGGGUAUGCGGUACCGAUUAUAACUUCAAUUGGAGAGCUGACAUGAGGUCAAAAACCAAUGGAUCCAUUUACCUUAACAAGGUAUAUUUUUCUAACUUAGUUUCUGUGUAG